AACCAGCACAUUCGUACAAUCUGUAUUUCAAAUUUGACCCAGGAAAUGUACUUCUCGGGGGAAAAAUUAGGCAAAUAACCGUGACAGUAUAACUUGGAGCAUGCGUAGUUAGACGAGAUACGUAUUAUUGCACGCAGAUUUUGCCAUUAGAAAUUUAGUGCAUAAAUAGCCCAGUUCAAAGAUUUCAUGUCUUUUAAUGUGAUGUCCUUUUGAAACGAAUCUAUCAUGCGGAUUUGCCUGGACGUACGUGUUCGCGAGUCAUGGCUGCGGCUUGAAAUGCACGUGCGCCAAGCGGCUGCAGCCACUUCCCGUAGAUUCGUACGGCCAGAGGCUGAGAUAAAAAUAUUCAACGAAUGUUUAACGCGUGAGGGCGCCUUUUAGUAAGUGAACUCCCCGCAGAACCGUUUUGAGGUUGUCCCCCCCAAUUAAUUGAAUGUCGACCAUUCAUGGCUUUAUUUGGCACGUCAAGGAGACUAGCACGUGGAUAAGAUGAGUGUCAAGGCAUUUGAGCUAGUCCCGGCCAUUGAGAGGCUCAAGUUGCUGGGCGAGAAGGCUAGAACUUCGAUUGAGUGCAUUGAAUGUUGUGGGAAAAACCUGUACAUCGGCACCAGCGACUGCUUUGUGAUCCAUUUCUUAGUUGAAGAGAAGACACUACCUAAUGGGAAGAUCACGUAUUCCAGUGAAAAGCAGUCACAUAAGUACCUUGCGGUGAAAAAGCCCAUCCAGCAGUUGAAGGCAGCCUCGGCGCUGACCCGAAUCCUGGUGCUGUGCGACAACGUCAUCAGCCUGCUCAACAUGUUUAAUCUGGAGCCCAUUAUGAGUGGAGCCAAAAUCAAAGGGGUUUCAUCUUUCUGUGUUAACAGCAACCCCCGGUCCAGCAACCCCUUCAGUUUGGAGAUUGCUGUGACUACCAGACGGAGACAAGUGCAAGUCUACACUGUCACCGAAGACAAAGUGGUCUUCAUCAAGGAGAUCACCCUCAACGACAUCCCCGUCAAUCUGAGUACCGACGGCUACUGCAUCUGCAUUGCGAUGACCGCCCAGUACGUGAUGGUCAAUUACAGCACGGGCGAAAUGACCGAUCUGUUCCCCUACGAUGCCGACUCGACCUCCCCCGUCGUCAAAAGAGUUGGCAAGGAAGAGUUCCUAUUGGCCGGUCCCAGUGCCCUUGGGAUGUUCGUGACGUCGGCGGGUAUAUCCCAGAGGCCGCCCCUGAAGUGGUCGGAGAACGUUCGCGGGGUCAGCUAUCUGUUUCCCUAUGUGGUUGCCAUGGACGACGAAUUCCUGACAGUCCAUAGUGUUUUAGACCAACAGCAGAAGCAGACCAUUCCAUUCCAGUCGGGGAAGAUAGUGGGCGACUUUGAGGGGAGGAUCUUUGUGGCGUCCAGCAAGGAAGUGUACGCCUUGGUGCCCAUACCCGUGGAGAAGCAGAUCCAGGCCCUGCUGAGUGACCAGAGAGUUGAGGAAGCUUUGACGCUGGCUAAGAACUCUAAGAAGUUGGGACUGCCCAAGGAAAGGUUCCACAAGCUUUACCAGCGGGUUCAGCAGCAAGCCGGCUUCAUCGAGCUGGCGCGGUUCCACUACGACGGAGCAGCCCAGCUGUUCAAAGAAGGACAGCUGGACGUGCGGGAGCUGAUCAGCAUCUUCCCCAAUCUCCUCCCGUCCACCUCCAACUUCAACCGGUCCAGCCCCCUCCUCCAUCAGUUUGCCGACAUCUCCUCCAUCGUUCGAGGCAACAAGGAGAGGCUCCUCGAGUGCAAGACUUUCCUAGCCGGGUACCUGGACGGCAUCCGGGGCGGGGAGCUGAGCUUCGGUUACAGGGAGGAGGUGGACACCGCCCUGCUGAAGCUGUAUGCCGAGCGGGAUCCGGAAAAGCUGAUUAGCCUGGUCUCGUCAGAGAACACCUGCUCCUCGAAAGAUGCCCUGGAGGUGCUCCAGCGAUAUGGCAGACACCACGCCUUGGCCCUACUGCACCGAUACCACUUAGAUAACGAGAAAGCACUCAACAUAUGGGCAAGGCUGUGUGAUGGUGAAAUAAAAGACGAAUCAUUCCCUGGCCUAGAGUUUGUGGUUGAUUUCUUAUCAAGAUUAAGCGACCACGAGCUCGUCUGGAGAUACGUGGACUGGGCCUUGCAGAAAGAUCCUGAACUUGGAGUGAAGAUCUUCACCGAUAGGUCAGAGACGGAGCCCUUGACGGAGAGGAUGCGGCCAGACACGGUGAUAGACUACCUCCACGCCUACCCCAAGGCCGUCACGAGAUACCUGGAGCAUCUCGUCUUCACCAAGAGGUUGGAGAAAGAGAAGUACCACACCCAUCUGGCCGUUUUGUACCUGGACGACGUCCUGAGGAAAGACGCUGGCACGCCCAAGACGGAGCUGGACCUGGCCCGCUCCAAGCUGCGGCACAUGCUGGAGGAGUCCUCUCUCUACCGGGUGCAGCUCAUCCUGGGCAAGGUCAGGGAGACGGAGAUGUUUGCCGAGACGGCCAUCCUCUACGGAAAGCUUGAAGAGCAUGAUAAAGCCUUGAGAAUACUGGUCUACAAGCUACGGGACUACGGUGCUGCCGAGCGCUACUGUCACAUCAACUCCAAGGGACGGGACCGGGCCUACCGACGGAGGCUGUUCCAGAUCCUGCUGGGGGUGUACUUGGACCCGUUAGAAGGAAAGAAGGACUCAUUGAUAGCUCCAGCCAUUGCCCUGCUGAACAGCGAAGACGCGGACUUUGAUGCCUCAAAGGUUCUCCAACUCAUUCCAGAGAACUGGUCCACAGCACUGCUGUCCCAGUUCCUGACCAACACGGUGCGGCAGAGCCUGCACGCCACCCGCAUCACCAAGCUCCAGCGGGCGCUGGCCCGCACCGAGAACCUCAACCUCAAGGCUGGCCAGAUCCGCCAGCAGCGCGACCCCAUCUACCUGGGCGACGACCGGCCAUGCCAGGUCUGCAAUCGGCCCUUCCUGGAGCCAGCCUUUGUCCGCUACCCGAACGGCGUGAUCGUGCAUGCCCAGUGCGCAUGGAACAAGGCCGUCUGCCCCGUGACCGGGCGUCUCUUCAGCACCAAAGUUGGCGCCGAGAAGAGAUAGGACAGGAGGGAAGUUGGCCCCUUCUCUCAAACAUCCAUGUAUAUCGAAAAAACUUCAGGCUUCGUUUGGAAAGUAUUGACUUUGUGCAUGAACUGAUGAGGGCGCUGCAUACAGUUAAACAGAGAGGGUGACUGGAGGACACUGGCUUGGCCUCAUCCCAGUGUUGUGCCUUUGGUAUGGUCUGGGUCUUUGCCAGGUGAAAACUGUUAAGAGGCUCCGUUUGGAAGUUUCAACUUUGUCCAUGAACCGACGAGGGCACUAUAUGCAGUUUAGCAGAGUUAUCUGCCUCGACCAGAAGCACCCCCUCAUCGGUUGAAAAGAACCGUAUUGGUCAGGAAUAUUUAUUUUGUUGGUAGCCAUGCUACCG